AUGGAGUAUAUUUCAACUAGUAGGGCUCUUUAUAUAACUGAUGAAAGCAGUCUUCUUAUAAAAAAGUCAAAAUAUUUAAAUAAACUUCAAAAUUUUGCAGCUAGCUCAAGACAAGAAUUACAAGCAGUCCUUGAAUUAAUUCGUGUAAUUUCUGCUACCACAGUACAUCCUUUAGCGUAA